AGCAAAGUAGCUACUCAGUUAAGUUUGAGAUUUCGAAACUACAAUCGCUUCGUCAAAAUUGUGAAGAGUUUAAGCAAGCGCUCAGAUUCGUUGUUCUUUUUGCCUGUGGUGCAGGUGAGAACUGUAGCCGGAGAUGGACAGUCCAGUGCCGAUGGCGAUGGUGCCCACCAGUCUGAAUACGAUGCUCAUCCCACGACCCGCUCCCAAGCCCAUUAUCCCCCCAACCAAUAAUCCAGUGAAGAACAUUUUGCAAGAGAGCGAAACCCUCGCCGACGUUAUGGUUUCCAGAGCCAAGGACAAGGUCGCACCGCCACCUCCCCACUCCGCGUGGGUGGCUCCACUGCAGCGGGAAAUGGUCGAGGUUCGAGAGGCUCUCAAGGCACAGCCACAUGGCAGCGACUUUCGUCUGCUGAGCUUCGUGGCGGCGGCCAGCUGCUGGGACCACGAGAACACCCUUGUUCCGGUGCCGCCGCAGUUCCAGGCGGCUCCCGGAUCCGGCUGCCAGGUGGAGCGACUGCGUCGCUCCGUCGCCGAGAACUGGCCUUCGUCUCGCAUCAUGCUGGACACGCCCGCUGACGAGGAGCUCUUCGCCGGCGAGUACUAUGACGAGCUGUCGCCGGACGACCAGGAGGCCCUUCACCUGCUGCACUGGCUCCUGGUGGCCACGCCCCUGUCGCCCACGCUGCGCCGCAUUUCGGGGCUGCACCUGCGCGGCCUCUGUCGCGUCCUGGGCCUGGCACGCCCCACCUUGGAGCCCGGCCAUCUGCUGAGCAUCAGCUACGAGAACGAGGAGCAGCGGUUCGGGGAUCCCUACCCGAAGCCGCGGGAGCAGCGGCCGAGCUACGGCUUCCUGGGCCUGCCCUUCACCCGGUUGUACCGCUUCCUGGCCACCGGGAACCUGGCCUAUCCGCCCGGCGAACCCAUUCGCCUGUACACCCAACCGGAAACGGCUCUGCUCCACUGCGAGGAGCCAGUUGCUCCUCCUCCGCCGCCGCCGCAGGAGCAGGAAUCUCCGGAAGAGGCGGCAGGGCAAUCCCGUCCGGCGAAGAAGGAUGAGCUGUGCUGGAGGAACUCGAUCCUCGCACAGCCACAACGGGCUCUGGUGAUCUGCCAGCUGCCCGCGGAGUUGGAUGAACCGAUUGCCCGCCUGCCGGAGAAUCACUUCCUCGAGUUCUUUGUCCAGGAGUCGGCGGGACUGAGGCCCUGCUACCUGCUGCUCUUCGACGAGCAGGUGGCCACCAAGGCGAUGUUCGCCUGGCCGGGCAGGCGCAUCGAGCUGGAGCAGAAGGGUCCCUCGCUGGCCCAGAGAUCCCGCGCCAGGAUCCAGAACGUGGCCAAGUACUUGGCCAACCGAUUGGUGGCCGUCAAGCGUGCCUUCGCCGCCCUUUAGUUACCUUUUAAUGAUAAUUCGUGUUACAUAUAGUAGGUAUAUAUGGUAUACCAACCCACCAACUUUGGCAGCCGGUUCAAAUUGUAUGGAUAUGGAUAUCGAUCGCCUCGUUUAACUAUUUUCAAAUCCUACUCAAAGUUGCGUUUUAACAAAAGCGUUAUUUAAUAAAUAUUCGGCUAAAUUAA